AUGUCAAUUGCUGCAGUAGCCCCAGUAAGAGCAACUCCAAUGCAAUGCUAUACUUGCAAUAGCAAUAGAUAUAUAGCAUCUAGCAUUGGACUUGCUCUAAGCAACAAUGGAGUCUCAACGACGACGUUUCAUGAUCUCCCUGAAGAAACCACCGCUGAAAUCUUCUCAAGACUCUCUGUAAAAGACCUAAUCAAAUCAAGCUCAGUGAACAAAGCAUGGUACUCUCUUAUCAACAACCCAUCUUUUAUUUCCUCUCAAAUUCGGAAAGCUGUUAACUUUUGUGAUGAUAAUGCUGUGCUUAUAAUCCCCCCUUUUAUCUCUCACCAAAAUUACUGCUCUUUAAUCUCUGCUGAUACUUCUCGAGUUAUCGAAAAAUUCGACAUUCCCUUUGUUACCAAGAGUGGCAGUUUGAAGCUGAUUGCGCAAGUAGAUGGGAUGCUUUUGUUAACUGAUUUGCAUAUUGAUUAUGCUUCUAGGGAGUUGUAUUUGUGGAACUCUUUUGUUAGGAGACACAGGGUUCUUGUUUCGAGUUGUUUUAAGAGGCUUUUGGAUGAUAGGGAUAAGAGUUAUUAUGUGGUCGGGAUGGGGUAUGAUAAGGGUACGGAUGAUUAUAAGGUUAUUAGGAUUGUUUACGUUCAGGAUGGAAAGGGGAAGCAGUUUGGAGAGGUGGCUCCGAAGGUUGAGGUUUAUAGUUUGAGGAAGAACACGUGGAAGAAGAUGGGGGAUUCUCGGGUUCCGAGGCUUGUUAAUGAAAUGGGGGCUUAUAUUGAUGGUAGGUACUACUGGGUAGAGAUGAAACAACCCGGAACUGAGGAAUUUAAUAAGUUGAAGGGGAAUGAGUUGAAGAUUAUGUCAUAUGAUUUUGAGACGCAGUUGUUUGGGGAAUUUAAUGUGCCAAAUCGUGUUCCCCGUCUAUUUGGAGUUAUUGCCCCGUUUAAGCUCAUGGGUUUUGAAGGUUCACUCGCUCUUUGUAGUUUGGACCCAGAUUGCUACACUCUAGUGCCUCCCAAGUAUCCUUUUCCUAUAUGGUUGAGGAGGCAACGAAAAGGUGUAGGCUCUUGGGUUCUACUUGCUACAGCUGUACUCAAACAAUAUGGGCAUCCUUUGAAUAUUACAAAGACUGGAACUCUUAUAGUAGAGUCAUUCCAAUCGCAGCGUCCUGAUGAAACGCACAUAGUCUCUAUUAAUUUUAAGAGCAGGAUUUCUAAGGAUCAUGGAUAUGGUAAGCACGGGGGUCCAGAUGUUUCCCGUGAAGUCCUUGCUCCAUCUACUGUAGACACCUCGUUUCCACAGAGUCUAAUCAUGUACGAGGGAGGCAAAUCACUGUUGAAAUAUGCAAAGUGAGGAAUUGUCAGUCUACUGCUGGAAGAGCGUCUAUUUUAGGAAUACGAGCAUCUGGAGCAGGAACACCAGCUCUGUUUCUAUUAGAACGAUCCUGCACGCAACGACACAACUCAAUCCUCUCUUCUCUAGUCUUGGCCGUAUCACGGAAUGCUUUUAAUGAGUUGCAACACUCAGCAGAUGGCUCCUGCUGUUCACCCCUGUGAAAUGGAUCACAAAGUUGCUUUGUACGUUCUUGUAAUGUUGUCCCGCAGGUAAAAGCCUCCCCUUGCUCCACCAUCAGAAAAGCCGCCAAAAAUGUGGCAAAAACCAUCGUCAAGUACACAAUCUUCGCCAUUAUGUUCUCAGGUAUCUGUAGACUUCUUGGAAUGUGCUAUGUAGACAAAUUGUGCAGAAACAGAUUAUGCAGGGAGACGCAUUUAUAGGCAAGUCGGAGAAGCACUAGAACAAAAUUAACAAAUUUAACUAACAGUUAGGACACCUGGUCUGGUAAGUUCACAGAAAUGCCUAGGAACAAUUUGAUGCUUGCAUCUCUAUUAAUAUGUUUAAUUGUGUGGUUA